ACCAGCGGCGGAGACACAGUGACCCAUUGUCGGUGGCAAAGCACAAGUCAUGCUAAAGGGCACAGCUGACUCUGACAUCCGCGGAAAUAAAACAUGACUACGGUUAAUUGUAGCAACAUUUUAUGAAUAGCCACUGAUUCCAUUCAGUCUUUGAAUACUGACUUACCAACUGAGAUCCAGUAGUUGUACUCGAGUGAGAGUACCGUUACUUUCGGGUAAUAUGACUCAAGCGCAGUAAAAAGUAGUCAUCAAAAUAAUUACAUGAGUAAGAGUAAGUAAGAAUUCUGGAAAAACUACUAAAGGACUGAGUAACUGAGAUACUUUGGUGAGGACAACAUGGGAUCAUCAACUCUCGGAAAGGAAGCAUCUCUUGAGGCCCUCCUAUAUGAAUGCAUCCAUGCAUUUCAUGACAAUGGAGAGCUAGAGGCUAAUUUGCCUCGCAUGCUACUACUCAUGCAUCGCUGGUAUGUUGCAUCUUCUGAACUGGCUGGAAAACUACUGAUUAUGUACCGUGAGUGCAAAGAUGAUGACUGCCAGCUAACCAGACUGAAGAUUUGUUAUUUAAUGAGAUACUGGAUAGUGACGUUUCCUGCAGAGUUCAACCUGGAUUUGGGUCUGAUCAGGAUCACAGAGGAGUUCCGAGAAGUGGCUGCAAAGCUCAGCAGUGAGGAGCAUUUUAAACUCAUUGAUAUCUCCACCAUUCCUUCGUACGACUGGAUGCGUAAGGUGACCCAGCGUAAAAAGCAGAUGAAGAAAGGCAAAGCUUCUCUGCUGUUUGACCACCUUAAGCCCAUUGAGCUGGCUGAACACCUGACUUUCCUGGAGUUCAAAUCCUUCAGGAGGAUAUCGUUCCCUGAUUACAAGAGCUAUGUGGUCCAUGGCUGCCUGGUGGACAACCCGACACUGGAACGUUCCAUUGCUCUGUUCAACGGCGUUUCACAGUGGGUCCAACUCAUGGUCCUGAGCAAGCUAACACCUCCAACCAGAGCAGAAGUCAUCACUAAAUACAUUCAUGUGGCUCAGAAUCUUCGGCAGCUGCAGAACUUCAACACUUUAACGGCGGUGGUAGGAGGGCUGAGCCACAGCUCCAUUUCUCGACUGAAGGAAACUCAGUCUCAUCUCUCUGCAGACGUGGUGAAGAUGUGGCGUGAGAUGACAGAACUGGUGUCAUACAACAACAACUAUUCCUGCUACCGCAAGGCCUUCAGCGAAUGCCACGGCUUUAAGAUCCCAAUCCUGGGCGUGCACCUAAAGGACCUCAUCGCUGUGCAUGUGGUGUUUCCUGACUGGGCGGAGGACAGCAAUAAGGUGAACCUGGUGAAGAUGCAACAGCUCUACGUGACUUUUAACGAGCUGGUGUCUUUGCAAAGCGCAGUGGCCCAGGUGGAGCCCAACAUGGACCUCAUCUACCUGUUAACGCUUUCUUUAGACCUUUACUACACAGAAGACGAGAUUUAUGAGUUGUCGUUGCUAAGAGAACCACGGAACCCCAAAUCACUGCCAACUUCUCCAACAACUCCCACCAAGAACCUUGUGCCCUUGGACUGGGCCUUGGGUGUCACGACCAAACCAGACCCCUCUGUUGUCAAUAAACACAUUAGGAAGGUGGUUGAUUCUGUCUUCAGGAAUUAUGACCCCGACCACGAUGGGUAUAUUUCUCAAGAGGACUUUGAGAACGUUGCUGCUAACUUUCCCUUCCUGGACUCCUUCUGCGUCUUUGACCAAGAUCAAGAUGGACUGAUCAGUAAAGAUGAAAUGAUUGCUUAUUUCCUUCGAGCGAACCCGUUGCUGCAGAGUAAAAUGGGUCCGGGAUUCGUCCAUAACUUCCAGGAGAUGACAUUUCUGAAACCAACCUUCUGUGAACAUUGCACUGGAUUUCUCUGGGGGCUCCUCAAACAAGGCUACAAGUGCAAAGACUGUGGCGUCAACUGCCAUAAACAGUGCAGGGAGCUACUAGUUCUGGCUUGCAGGAAGCUGCUGCGUUCUGGUUCUUUGGGAUGUGUGACCCCUGACAGACGGACACACAGUUCACUGCCCACCAGCCCCUCGCUGCACACCGAUACCGACAAGGACGAGGUGUUCGAGUUCCCUGGUGUCACAUCAGCAAGUCCGACUCAGGGUACCAAAAGCAUCACCCUGAUGACCGGCUCGGCCCAGAGGAUCUCCGUCCGUCUGCAGAGGGCCACCAUCAGCCAAGCCACUCAGACUGAACCUGUGUGGUCUGAACACGGCUGGGGGGCCACCAACAUUGGCUCCCACACCUUUCCCAAAACGAAACACCGGACUCCCAGAGAGAACUAUAAAAACAUAACUUUUGCCUUGUGGGAAAACCUGGAAGAUAAAAAGCGGCGGACAGUUUUGGUACAAUGCAGCGGCCACUCUCAGAAUACGACGGGUGGAGAGAUCACAGAUCGCAGGAUCACACGAAAAGAAAAGGACAGCUGACUUGGUAGCAGAAGUGAACGCCACUCUGAGGGGUCCAGAAAGCCACUAUCGACUUCGACCAAGAAGUUCUUCUGUCUGGGAAGGUGCUGGGCUGUUUGAGCAACACAGAACUUUGUCAACUAGACCACAUCUGCUUAGGUCAGCGACAUGUGCUUUGGUAAACUAAAGUGGAAGAGGAUACACACGCUAUUUCUGACCCGAGAACCGGAAGGAGAUGGAUCUUGAUUGGGAGUUACCUUCACAACAAUGUCAACAUUAUGAAAUAGUGUGUCGUUACCUCACUUUUGGAUGACAUAUUCGCGUAUGAAGUAAACACGGGAAUAUGUGUUAAUGCUGAAAAGGUUAAACUGAACUGAAAUACUAACGGUUAGCAUGCGUCAAGUUUGAGAAGAAGAGACUCUGAGGUGAAGGCUUGAAAAGUUAGCUGAAAAAGCUAGAACAUUGCUAAUGUUAGCAGAUACAGUUAGCAUGUUUAUAGUUGAAAUGACUGACUACGAGGUGUUUGUCUGCUAAUUUAGCUAAAAAAAAAAAAGUUGGAAUGUAGCUAACAAUAGCAGAACAUGUUACCGUUAGCAUGCAUUAAGUAAAAAAAAUGUAUGACUCUGAGGUGUUUGCCAGCAAAUUUAGCUAAAAAAAAGUUAACAUUGUAGCUUUUUGCAUUGGACUAACAUUAGCAAAGAGCAUUUUGAUUUUGGAAUGUUUCAAAUUGGGUGAGAAUUGUGGAAGCAGUAAGUUCUUUUAAAAGAGAAUAACUUAACGAUUGAUGGAUACAUCCAUAGACCGGUUUAUAUUCCUAAAUUUGAAGUAUAUCGAUCUGUACUCAUCAAAUUGGCCUUCCGUAAGAUAGGUAUCGAUCCAAUACCGAUUUAAAAGGGAAUUGAUCCAUUUAUCGAUACUCGAAAAAGGAAAACAUUUGAUUUAAGAACGGCAGACUUUAUAUGAAGUUUAUCACUCCAAAAAAUAAGGACGUAAACGUUCAUCAAAACAAAAAUGUCGGAUAGCCAUGGUAGUUGAGAAAGGUCAGCUACAACAAAAGCCACAACGAAUACAAAUGAUACAACACAAUAAUCUAGCUUUGAAGUGGAACUGCACUUUUUUCUGAAUGUUGCCUAUCUUUGUUUUUGAUGACAGAUUACAAAUAUUACAUCUCUAAUUGCUAUGCUAAUGUUAAAUAGCGGUUUCACGGUGGCCGAGGGGUUAGUGCGUCUGCCUCACAAUACCAAGGUCCUGAGUAGUCAGGGUUCAAUCCCGGGCUCAGGAUAUUACUGUGUGGAGUUUGCAUGUCCUCCCCAUGAAUGCGUGGGUUCCCUCCGGGUAAUCCGGCUUCCUCCCACUUCCAAAGACAUGCACCUGGGGAUAGGUUGAUUGACAACACUAAAUUGGCCCUAGUGUGUGAAUGUGAGUGUGAAUGUUGUCUAUCUGUGUUGGCCCUGCGAUGGGGUGGCGACUUGUCCAGGGUGUAUGCCGCCUUUCGCCCGAUUGUAGCUGAGAUAGGCACCAGCCCCACCGCGACCCCAAAGUGGAAUAAGCGGUAGAAAAUGGAUAGAUGGAUGUUAAAUGGCAGACUGCAUCAAUAAAUUAUCUUAGAUUGCGCUACGAACAUGACGCUACUACCAAGAAUGUAUCGGAGUGGAUGCAGGUCCAAAGCAAAGGAAGAGUUUUUUCCAAGGAAUUUUCGGACGGGGGAUCAUAAAAACAAAAGUUUUGAAUGUCUCAAAGUUAAUUUAAAAGACUCUGUGGAUUGAUAAGAGUGUUAAAUCCGAAAAACCGUACGUGCCCCAGAUGAAGUUUGCAAUGUUUUGGACUAUCUUGCCAGUUGUGUGGAAUACAGACUUAUUGUUAAUUAGUUGGGAGUGCACAAAUGCAGCGUGAAGAGGUUUGUGUACGCUUUAAUAUUUUGCCUUUAAUAUACCUGCUUAAUAAUCUAACAUCUCACUCGGGAGUCCGAAUUAAACCGGUAUUUUACAUUUUUUAAGAUACCUUCUUAAAUAAAUCUCUGUUUCUUUUCCAUCACCAUCGAUGUACUUCAAACUGAUCUGUUCUUUUAAUUUGUGAAGGAAAUGAACAAUCUUUUGCUAAUGUUUUUAUUGAAUGGUAUCCAAUUCCGGGUUGAAUCCCGCGCGUUGAGACUGGUGCAUGCGUGAUACGAAAGGGUCAUCUCCGGCUGCACACACCCCCUCAAGGGAUCUGGUUCCCAAUCCAAUUAUCCAGAUGUAUUAGUCCGACUUUUCAAAAACAAACACGAUCAGAUUGAUUGAUUGAUUGAUUGAUUGAUUAAUACUUUUAUUAGUAGAUUGCACAGUUCAGUACAUAUUCCGUACAAUUGACCACAAAAUGAUAACACCCAAAUAAGUUUUUCGAAUUCUUUAAGUCGGGGUCCAUGUUAAUCAAUUCAUGGUAGACUUAGACUUAGACUAACUUUAAUGGCGUUAAGGCGUUUCCAUGGGCGGUAGGAAGCUUGUUCAGAGCUAAGCUAUUUGAGAAAUUGUACUAAUUUAAUGAAUGACACUUACUGACUGGGAAACCUUGGUGGGACUGCAGAUUUGGGACUUAAAUGCUUCUACUGAGGUAUCGUGUCCAACUGUUACCGGUAGGGCAUUCCAGAGUACUGGACCCCGAAUAAAAAACGCUGGAGAGAACACUCUGCGAAUCAAGAAUAGGCCAAAGAUUUUUGGACCGGGUCAUAUGGUACAAUACAAUCAGCAAGAUCGGACGUUUAGUAUUAUAUACGUAAGUAGUAAAACCUUAAAAUCGCAUCUUAAGUGCACAGGUAGCCAGUGCUCGUGACCCAGUAUAGGUGUAAUAUAAUCAAACUUUCUUGUCCUUUUCUAAAGUCUAGCAGCCACAUUUUGUAGCAACUGUAAUCUUUAAAAGGGGAACAUUAUCACAAUUUCAAAAAGGUUAAAAACAAUAAAAAUCAGUUUCCAGUGGCUUGUUGUAUUUUUUGAAGUUUUUUUCUAAAUUUUACCGGUGCCAGAAUAUCCCUAAAAAAAGCUUUAAAGUGCCUUAUUUUCGCUCUCUCGAAGCCACUGUUCAUUUCCCUGUGACGUCAUACAGUGCUGCCAAUGUAAACAAACAAUGGCGAAUAGCACAGCAAGAUAUAGCGACAUUAGCUCGGAUUCAGACUCGGAUUUCAGCGGCUUAAGCGAUUCAACAGAUUACGCAUGUUUUGAAAUGGAUGAUUGGAGUAUGAAAGUAUUGAAGAAGAAACUGAAGCUAUUGAGCGAAUAGCUAUUGACGCUAUUCAUAGCCAUAGCGUUAGCAUCGCCGGUAAAAUGUGCGGACCAAACGAUCAGGACUUUCGCAUCUUGUGACACUGGAGCAACUUAAAUCCGUCGAUUGGUGUUUUUUUCGCAUUAAAUGUGGGUGGAAGGAAACGUAAUAUUAUUUCAAAUGUACAUACAGCUAUAGCCUAAAUAGCAUGUUAGCAUCGUUUAGCUGGCAGUCACGCCGCGACCAAAUGUGUCUGAUUAGCACAUAAGUCAACAUCAACAAAACUCACCUUUGUGAUUUCGUUGACUUCAUCGUUGCAAAGGCAUCUGCAGGUUAUCCAUACAUCUCUGUGCCAUGUCUGCCUUAGCAUCGCCGGUAAAAUGUGCAGACACUCCGGCACAUUCAAUGGGGGUCUGGCGGCAGAUUUCUUGCCACUUUCGCAUCUUCGGGCCAGUGGUGCAACUUGAAUCCCUCCCUGUUAGUGUUGUUACACCCUCCGACAACACACCGACGAGGCAUGAUGUCUCCAAGAUUACAAAAAAUAGUCGAAAAAACGGAAACUAACAGAGCUGAGACCCGGUGUUUGUAAUGUGUUUGCGAAAAUGAAAAUGGCGGCUUUCUUACCUAGACAACGUCACGUACUGACGUCAUCGCUCCGAGAGUGAUAAAUAAAAAGGCGUUUAAUUCGCCAAAAUUCACCCAAUUAGAGUUCGGAAAUCGGUUGAAAAAAUAUAUGGUCUUUUUUCUGCAACAUCAAGGUAUAUAUUGACGCUUAAAUAGGUCUGGUGAUAAUGUUCCACUUUAAUGCUAGAUAUAGGGAGACCUGAAAAUAAUAUGUUACAUUAAUCAAGACGAGACCUAACGAACGCAUGAAUAAUGAUCUCAGAGUCAGCGGUGGACAAAAUCGAGUUAAUUUUAGUAAUAUUACUAAAUAAGAACGAUCUUCCAUUUGUUCACGUUGCUUUAAUAAAUUAUAGCAGUGAAAUACAAUAACAAAACAUGUUAUCAAUGUAUUCCUAAGUGCCGUCUGGCAUAACUUCAACACGUCAUCCACUUCCUGUUUGCGUGUGUGUCACAAUAAUAGUACCGUGGUGCAACAUUCUCUAUCUCCCCCUGAGCCUUUAACAUAUGUAAACCAAGGCUGAAAAGUAAUAAUAAGCAGAGAUGAUGUGAUAAUCAUUAAUGAGAACAUAAAAAAAGGUGAUGCGGAACAUAGAACUAAAAUUCACCACCCACAAACCCCUUAAAUGUUACUCUAUUUCAUAGUCUUUAUGCCAGGCAGGCGUGCCGGGCUUCCUGGUGGACCGGCGCAGGCCCACGGCUGAUGGUGUAGCGGGCGACUGGGGAGGGGCAGUCGAUGGGGCCGCAGGAGCAGGCGACGGCCUGGCGGGGGUACUGCGAUCUGGGGUCGCAGGCGCGGUGGACCUCUCAGUGAGUUGGGAAGGGUCCAUGGGAGGCCGGGCAGGUGGCAGGGUGGGCUGAUACAGGGGGUUUCGACACCUUUGCAGGUAACGCCAAACUACUCAGGGGGUCAGGCAGCAGAGGCAGUGCAACAGAUGGCGGGAUGCCAGUAUGGGUUGCCAGGUCGUCAUGAAUGGAUCGGGGGGUGGGCAGUUCAUCGUGGACAGGAAGGAACUUGCGCAGGAAUCUCCGGUUCCGAGGGGAGACCCUGCCCGACCCAUCAAUCUUGACGACGUACUGGUCAUGCUGGCGCACCUCAACGACACGGCCAGUCCUGUCCCACUUGUUGGGAUGAGGCCCUGUUUGGUUCUGCACGCGUACGUGAUCCCCCACUUUGAGGGGUGGCAGGCGCUUAGUGUGCUCCGCCCAACUGUCGGCUGUACGGAUGUGGCGUUUGCGGAGGGCCUCCUCUCUCAGCGUCAGUGUCUGACGCCAUGUUGCAUGGGGCCUGUACCUCCCGGGCGGGAUCGGGAUGAAGUCCCGUAUGGGCCGGCCAAAGAUGCACAUGGCAGGGGAGAGCUUUGUGACAGGGUCGGGCGUGUUGCGGUAGUGUAGUAUCGCCCUCUGCACAGAGUCAGUGUCCAGCUCCCCCUUCGGGCCAGUGUUGUCCGUGAUCAGCCGCUUCAUAGUCUUAACGCCGAUUUCCGCGCGGCAGUUGCUGUGAGGGGAAGGCUACAGACGAAAGGCAGUGGUGCACGCCCCAUCUGCAUAGAAAGGAUCUGGUGUCGGCAGAGGUGAAUUCCGGUCCACCGUCAGAUGCUAGCUCCUCAGGCGUCCCAUACGUGGCAAAGGCUCGGCGCAGGUGGCAUAUGAGGUCUGCUGCGCCGCCAGUCGACCUGGAUAUGAGUGGCCAGUUGGAGUACCGGUCUACGAUUACUAGGUAGUGUAUACCCCUAUGGACGAAGAAGUCUGCGCAUAUAGCUUGGAAGGGGUACACAGGUAAAAUGGGGGGAAUUGGUGGCGCCGCAGGCUGAGAAGGUGCCAUACGGUUGCAGUGUUCACAGUUAGCCCGGGUUGUGAGGAUGUCGGCCGUCAUACCUGGCCAGAACACAGACGAUUCCGCACGGGCAGUCAUCAUGGAGACGCCCUGGUGAGCGGCGUGUAGGGCGUCGAGUACUUCGUCACGGAGGGAGGGUGGUAUCACUACUCUGUCCCCGUACAGCACUACACCGUCCAUCGAAGUGAUGUCCUCGCGGUACUGGUAGAAGCCACGGAUCGCGUGGGCAUCUCUGUCCUGGACUCCGGGAAGCCGUCCAUCGCUAUCUCCUCCAGCGCGCGCAUGUCGUCAUCGCUGCUGGUAGCCUCUCUGACGCGGUCCCAUGUCACGGACCGUAGUGACUCGAGUCCUGCAGUGCACCAGGUCAGGUCGCCACUCUCGUCAUCACCGUUGUCAUCCUCAUCGCCAUUGUCUGCAGUCCCUGUCUGUCGUAUGAGGGACAGGAUGUCGGUGUGUGUGCUGUGUGGAAGGUGGCCCAUCAUGGCGACACUGUCGUCCGGCAAGACCAUGGGUGAUGGGUUCCGAGUGCCAACUGGUCUGCGUGACAUCGCGUCAGAGGCUCUGUUCUUCAUGCCUGGUAUAUGUAUCAUGCGGAAGCGGUAACGCAGGGUCUUUUCCUUGAGGUUCCUGAGGCGGGGGUUGGGUAUGUCGUCCAGCGCCCUGUCGCCAAGGAGUUUGAGGAAGGGCUUGUGGUCCACUGCUAUGAUGAGGUCUUUGCAGCCCAGCACGAAGUAUCGUGAUUUAUCCAAGGCGUCGGCGACUGCCAGCGCCUCGCCUUCUAUGGGAGCGUAUCUGGACUCAGCUGCGUGGGUAAAUCGGCUGCCAACUAGGGUCACCUUCCAGCCAUUAGUGCAACAGAAGGGUUUGACUGGGAGGCAUAAACAAUGCUUUUGGAAUAACCAGAAGCCGACCCCUUCCUUUGACCAGUCCGUCGCGAGGCAUGUGGGCUUAAAUUUGUCAAAGAUGCGGACGCCUCGCUCGAUCUCCUGGACGAUCGUCGCCUUGGACUCGCGGAAGACCUCCUCCAGCUCCGGGGACCACUCGAAGCGCACGCCAUGCUGCAAGAGCUUCCGGAACGGUUGCAUGCGCUCGGCCAUACUGAAGGCAUAAGCCACCUGGUUGACAAGGCCGAACCAUGACCUGACGUCGGUGAUGUUUCGUGGCCAGGGAAAGUCUCUGAUUGCGUCCAGGUAACGACUGCAUGGCCGUACGUCGGUCAUGGUGAUGGUGAAGCCGGCAAAGUCCACUGUGGGAGAGGCGAAUACGAACUUCUCAGGGUUGAGGAUGAUGCCAUUCCUGCCGCAGACGUCGAGCCAUCGCACGGCCUGGAAGUAGGCUUUUUCAACGUCGUCAGCCCACAGUAACGUGUCGUCCACACACUUGGUUUUGUUACCAAUGUCCGUGACUACCUCGUCAUAUCGCCGUGAGUAGCCGUCUCCUGACGCUAUGUAUCCCUGCGGGGCUGAGAGGUAUCGGUACCUCCCCCAUGGGGUGAUGAACGUUGUCUUGUGGCGAUCAUCCUCGUGUAAUGGGACGCUGUGGUAGCCAUUCCAGGCGUCGAAUACAGUAUUGUACAUGCCACUGGGCACCUGCCUCGCCUGGUGGAAGGGGGACUGUGUGUGGUGAGUUUCACGAACAGCAUGUUUGUUCAGGGCUUGGAAGUCAACUGUGCGCCGUGGCUUGCCGUUCUUUUUUGCACAUAUUACCAUGCGGUGACACCAUGUUACCGGUGUGCCAACCGGCACCUCCUCCAGUACGCCAAGACGAACGUCUUGGUCGAGGCCAGCCUUCACCUCGCUCUGCCAGUGUAUGGCUACUGGGAUGGGUAUGUGGUGGGCCACUGGCGUUGCAUCGUUAUCGAGCAUGAGGCAAAGUGGUGGGCCAGACAUCCUGGGCAGGGGCUGGUGAGGGCAUGUGUUAAACGUACUCUGAGCAUACAGCUUCAGGAGGUGCGCCCGUAGCGCCUCCCUGUUGGCCUCUGUAGCUGGCAUGGGGAGCGUAGUAGGUGUGACUGGAGACUCUGCGCGUCGGGGACAGUUACAUGGCUCCGAGGUCGCCAGGUUGACCUCACCCAGAGUUGGGAACUUGUCAGAUAUCAUGCCGAGAUCCACGCAGGCUGUGCGAGACAGAAAUAUGCGGUCUGAGGUGUCAGUCACAUAUGCGAUCUGGCGCGUUUCCAGCCUCCGGGCGUCGCUGCUGCUGCCGGCGAAUCUGAUGAUGGCGGCCCCAAGGAUGCGUAUACCUUCAUUGUUCGCGGCUCUCAUGGUCAUUGAUACAGGGAUGAGGUCGUCUGUGCUCAGACCUAGUUGCUGGGCGACCUUGACGCCGAUCAGACAGCUCUGGCACCCUGUGUCAGCCAUGGCGGGUAGGGUUGCAGCACGGGUGUGCUUUAGAAGGUCGAGUCCCAGCGCUUUGUAAUCUUCACGCUCGAUGGCGAGGGUGAGGCAGAUGUAUGGCUGUGGGUUGGAUGGGCGUUUCGUCCACUUGUCGCACAUAUCAUCAUAAAGGUGGUGGGCCAAGGGCAGUGUGCAGAUCUUGUCGUGGACGCUGUCCAUUGUGAGUGUGCACAGUUCUACGUGCGCUGCUGUCUGUUGUUCCUCGUGCGCCCCAUCAGCCUCUUCUGGUGGGGGUCUGGAUGGGCGGCCGCCCAGAGAGACUCUGUCGAGGUGAUUUUGCCGAUUGCAUUUCUUGCACGUCUUGCCAUAUGCAGGGCAUUCAGCGCGCCGGACGCGCCACUGCGGUGUCUUGCCAUGACCUGUUCCACCACAAUAGACACAGGGCUCCUCAGGUUUCGUUUUAGUUUAUUCUGCCCUUUGGCCCCCUUUGCUGCGGACGUCUUGCUGUUUCCCUCGCCGAUAUGAACUGCUGAUCGAGUCUGUAUUUUGGGUGUCAAGCAGGCGUGAGGCUGAGCGCUUCCCUGAUUCUUUAGCUUCAAUGUACUCUACCAUGUCUUUUAAUGGCAUAUUUAGAUUUUUCCCGCCCAAUAAAUCCAGCUGUAUCUCUUGGUCUGCUAUGCCCCGAGCGAUCACAUCACGCAGUAUUUCCUCUGUGACAUCAUUCAUUUGGCCACAGUCCUCUUUUGUGCAUUUCAGUUCGUAUUUGCAUGUGCCAGCCUGCCCCUUUAAACGAGCGUGGAAUGACCUGAUGGGCUCCUCGUGUCCCUGCCGCAUGUUGGAUAGUGCCACCCUGGCCACCAUGAUGUUUUCUGCACGGACGGCGAGUGCUUUCAUAGCCAAAAGAACAUCCUUUCAUCACUAUCCACGAGGCUUUUGCCAGCUGCGUGAGUGAGGUCUUUUCUUAGCUCCUCCUCGCAGCACUCGAGUAGCUGCGUGACUACGUCAGAACCGGUUAAUUUGGUUCCUCUUUUGUAUUCGUCCCAGCGGGUUAAGAAAUAUGACCACGUCUCAGCCGUUCCCGCCAACGCGAUGGAGGGUCGCUUGAGCUUCUCUACCUUAGCAUUCAUGUGUGGCUCCCUGGGGGCUGCAGUGUGUGUGGUCGCAUGGAUGUUCAGCAUCGCCGCCACCACUGCCGCCUCUUCGUGCCGAGUCGUGUAUUCACAGUUUGCGAUAGGGCAACGUACCUCCAUUGUUGGUUUUACUGGUUUGCGUUUCACCUUCUUUGUUUUGAUGACUCACUCACUCUUCGGUCAAUGGCGUGAAUGCAUUCGCCGCUCGCUCAUGCGUUGUUUGCAUUCCGAUGUCGGCAAACUCCGUUUGAUAAAGUCCAUGUUUUGUUAUAAAUAAGAACGAUCUUCCAUUUGUUCACGUUGCUUUAAUAAAUUAUAGCAGUGAAAUACAAUAACAAAACAUGUUAUCAAUGUAUUCCUAAGUGCCGUCUGGCAUAACUUCAACACGUCAUCCACUUCCUGUUUGCGUGUGUGUCACAAUAAUAGUACCGUGGUGCAACAUUCUCUAAUUACGGAGAUAAAAGAAGGCUGUUUUAGUAACACUCUUAAUGUGUGACUCAAAUGAGAGAUUUGGGUCGAAGAUGAUACCCAGAUUCUUUACAAAGUCGCUUUGUAUAAUUGUUUGGUUGUCAAAUGUUAAGGUGGUGUUAUUAAAUAAGUGUCAGUGUCUAGCAGGACCGAUGAUCAGCAAUUCUUUUUUCUUAGCGUUGAGUUGCAAAAAGUUGCUGGACAUUCAUUGUGUGUUGUUAUGAUCAGCAUGACAGUAAAAGCUAACACCGUAUUUGCUUGCGAUGUCACCUAGCGGCAGCAUGUAGAUUCUAAAAAGUGCAGGGCCAAGAACCGAACCCUGUGGGGAACCUAUGGCUCUAGAGCCAGAUGUGGCUCUUUUGAUGACUGCAUCUGGCUUUCAGGUUAAUCUGAGCUGACAUCGCUUGACAAGAUAAGUAAUGAAUAAUUCCACUUGUGAUCACAGUGUUAAACAUAAUGUUCAAAAUAUAAAACAUUCUCGUGCUUUUUUAAUCCAUCCAUCCGUUUUUCUACCACACCUGUUCAAGAAGUUGCGUUAAUGGUAAGAAGUUAUUUAUUUAUUAUUGGUUAGUGUGGGGAUUGCCCUCCUGGGGGUUCUUCAGACCACCGACCACCGACAUGAGAGCCUGUUUCAGGGUUACAAUAUUGUUUUAUAUUUAAAUAAGUCUCUCAGUUGCUUUCUAGCAUUUGUCUUUUUCUCUUUUGUUCUCGCUUACACUCUGGCUCCAGCCCCAACCCCGUCUCUCCUCCUGGCUGCUGCUUAUAACAUAGCGACAGGUGAUUAGAUAACAAGGCCCAGGUGGUUCAUCUACGCACCUGUCGCUGAUUUCGAGGCCGAUCCUGGCAACACUCCGCUUCGCUGCAGGCCCGCAGGCCACGCCCCCUCCACAGUUCACUUUAGAAUAACAAUUUUAUUUGUUUAUUUAUUUACUUAUUAUACUCUAGAAAUGUUGGUCUUACUUAAAAAUGCAAACAUUUAGUUGUGUUCAGUGUUAAAAAAAAUAUUACAUGGCUCUUACAGAAAUACAUUUUAAAAUAUUUGCCUUCUUGGCUCUCUCUGCCAAAAAGGUUCCCGACCCCUGACAUAGAGAGACACACUGCAUCCUAUCAGUAAGAUAGGAUUUAAACCAAAAAAAGGCUAAGUCGGACAUACCAAUACGUGUUUUGAUUUGUGCUAAUAGAAUGUUAUGAUUGAUGGCAUCGAAAGCAGCGCUGAGAUCAAGUAUCAGCAACAUGGAUGACACAUCAGCAUCCAUAGUCGGCAAUAGUUUGGAUGUUUUUUAGAGCGCUUUACAAGCUCCAUUGUAAGCGGACUUUUGAUCGCAUUUGUUUACUAUUUAGAAUGCAUACGAAGAAAGAAAAACAUGUUUUUGUGUUAUGCAAAAUACAAAAAUUACAAAGAGCAGUUCCCCUUUAAACCACAAAAGACGCGACCGACAGAAGUGACAGCGAAGCAGGUCACGCGACAUGAAGCGACAACUAACAGUCUAGGACAAGUUAUUUUAUGAGAAAGAAUGAGAACAAGAGAUGGAUCAAGGACGUUAUGGAAAUUAGGAAGCAAGAAGGGAUCAGGUGACAUACAUGCUUUCGCACACCUGGGACACUGUCAGUCAUGGACGACGCGAUGGGAACUUUACUUAGCAGGUAAAUCUACUGUUGGUUACUGUACUUUUAUUAAAAAUGUUUUGAAUGCUUAGAA